GAGAGCUAUAGUUUCUUCAGUCAUCCCAGUUCUUGUUCCAUGGGGAGCAUGGAUUCUUCGGCUGUGGUUCACUGUCAAAGGCCGAGCACGCGUGAUCCAGUUGUGGCGAGGGAAUGGGGUGAUCUUCCUUCUGAACUUUUGCCAUCCAUUGCUGAUCGUUUAGGUCUAAUCGAGCUUCUCGGUUUUCGUGGCGUCUGCAAGGAGUGGAACUCUGCUUCUUCGACCGCUUCGGCUGAGAUCGAGGCCUCACCGGAUCGAGAACCUUGGUUUCUGAUUUACGGGGAGAAUGACAAUUCUCAAUGCACGUUGGUUACUGGAUCAGGCAGACAAUAUUCCAUUACCAUCCCAGAAAUGGAUGGAGCAACCUGCCUUGCAUCGAGCCAAGGGUGGCUCCUUCUGUUCCGCGAAGGCUCGAUGUUCUUCUUCUGCCCUUUCUCUCGUGCCAAAAUCGAGCUUCCGGUCCCAUGCGAGUUAGCUCACCGUGAAUUCUCGGACGAUGUAGCGAUGUUUUCAGCUCCUCCGACUUCGAAAGAUUGCGUCGUAUGCAUCGCUUGUAGGACCAAACAGAGAGAAGGCUUGGAGCUGUACAUGAUUCACCGCGGAGCCAAUUCAUGGACCAAGCACAAACUCGAGUCAUUCCCCAACAAAAUCGUGUACGCCGCGUACCACAACGGGGUCUUCUACUACUUCGACAACACGUGCUUGAUGGUGUAUUUCUCGAUCGAGGAUCGGAGGUUAGCCUCCGGUAAGGUAACUUACGCGACGUCGAAGAAAGACAGGUGCCUCCCAUUCAGAUUCAGUUCCAAUCACGAGAAAAAGGACAGGAAGAAACGAUUGGCAUUGGUACUGGGAGAAGAAGAGUCUCUAGUUUCAACCUGCGGACGAGGGUAUCUUGGCACCCUGCUGAUGAUGAUCCCUUAUGAAAACACCGGGCAAGCUCAAGUACCUGGAACCCACAAAGGGGUUUGGCUUCAACCUCGUUUCCACCAUAUUGACGAAAACCAAAGCUGGUGA